AUCACUUUGAGGCCUUUAUCGGAUUGAAUUGCUAGACUGUCACGAAGUCCAUCCUUUGAUUAAUUGGGCUCUGCCAUCUGCCUCUUGUCGCAAUGGAUGUCACUUCAACUCCCACCACGGCCGCCGUGGCAGAUGCACAGAGACGAGAUGAACCGUUCCUCCCUGCACCUUUCAACACGAUAACUCCUCGGCCGGAACUCAUUGCGCAAGGCGCCGAAGCCUUACUAUACCGCACACACUUCCUCAGUCCCGAGACGCCCGCCGCUUUGAAAGCCAGACCAAGCAAAGCCUGGAGACACCCGACGCUCGACGCCCGCCUCACGAAACAGCGCGUGCUCGCCGAGGCUCGCAUCCUCGCCAAGUUGGCCUCACUGGCGGGUGACGAGACGACCGAGAUCCACGUCCCCGCCGUGCUGAGUCUGGAGUGGGACGCCGCACGUAAAGUCAAGGGUUUGAGUCAGGAGCAGAGAGGUGCACGUGGCGCGGGUACAGGUGCAAAUGCAGGUGCCGGCGCGUGGCUCCUCAUGGAGUGGAUCGAAGGACACAGUGCGAAAGAACUUCUGCGCAGAUGGGACACAUGGUACCGUUCUGCAAAGGCCCACGGUACCGCCACCAGCGAAGAGCUAGCCGCCCAAGAAGAGCAAGUCAAGAUCCUCCUCAGGAGACUCGGGAAGGCGAUCGGGAACAUGCACAACAAGGGCGGAGUGGUGCAUGGAGAUCUGACGAGCAGCAAUAUCAUCGUCCGCCCGAAAAACCUGCCAGAGCAAGACCAAAAUCAAGUGAACGGGUCGCUGAUGACCAACGGAGACUGGAGCACCACACAAGAAUCGCAAUCUAUAGCUUCUCCCCCGCCGGACCUCACAGGUGAUAUUGUCCUGAUCGAUUUCGGAUUGGCUACGCAGUCGAUACAAGAGGAGGAUCGUGCUGUGGACUUGUAUGUCCUCGAGCGAGCCUUUGGGUCAACCCACCCUCGACAAGAAGACUGGUUCGAUGCCGAAGUUAUUCAGAGUCAAGAAGGAUAUAGGGGGAGUUACAAGGGCUCAAAGGUCGUUCUCAAACGUUUAGAAGAUGUUCGAAUGAGAGGCCGAAAGAGAAGUAUGCUCGGCUAGAAGCCAAAAAGUACUUUGAGAAUCUCGCACAAAAACGCCAUGCUAAAUAAGACGAGAUACCUUGCACCGCAUCGGCCGAGGCUAUAAGCCUUCUUCAUCAGGCUUCUCCUCGAUGCAGCUACCAAGCUGGGCGACAGCAAAGUACCCUUUGUUCUCAACCACUCCACGGUUCUUCACGACGGCCGUAUAUUUGACAACCCACUGGGGUUCAAUGUCGCCUUUCAAGCCAGGUUCGUCCGCCCCAGCAUUGGGACAUGCGGCAAGGAUGCCUGCUCCAUCUUUGCUGGGUCCCAACAACUCUCUCGUCGUCCCGGGUGGCAAGAUGUCCAUGCAGUCGGCGUGAGUCAGCAGUUCGAUCUUGUUCUCCUUGGCAUACACGAUCAGCGGUUUAGGUACAACGCAGCAGUCCUUGACAUUGAUCUGGUCGACAGUCGGUCGCACUUUGACCUCUGGCAGGAACUUAUCAAGGCGCUCAGAACUGAACUCCGAGACGCCAAGUUGAGAUAUCACACCUUUUUCGUGUAAUGACUCCAGGACCUGCCACGUCUUGAUCUGGGCGUCCAGUCCUUCCGACUCGUCGCUGCGUGCGCUUUCAUCGUCUUCAUCUGCCGACACUUCCUCCUCGUCGUCGGCAUCGAAUGUCACGCCCGGAUAGCUGGCGAUCAAAAGAUCUAUAUUCUCAAUGUCCAGCUCUUUCAGGACCAGAUCGAUCGCUUCCCGCGUGUGUUUACACCGUCUUGUACUCGGGAUGCCCGGAAGGAAGAAAAGCUUGACGGUCACGUCGUAGGACUCUCGCGGUUCUUUGAGCGGCGUAGGUCGCCAUGAGGGAACGUAUAGUGUGUCAUCUUCCUCGGUGGUCCAUUGUUUGUAAUCCGGGGUUGAGUCGGCGUUUUCGGAAGAAGCAGAGGGGUGGUGCUGGAACGAGGCAAAGUUCGAUCUCAGCGAAUUGAUCAGUUCGAUGUUGGACUUGGAGAAUAAUGGUCGCCGGACAAUGGACUGCCCAGAGGACAUUAUGUUACUACGCAAACGAAAAGAAUUAGUCUCCAGAAAACCACAGGAUAUCGGUCUCUUGGUGGAGUCAUACGAUGUAGAAAGAAUCAACUUCAUUUUGGC